AGCGCCUGACUGUACAAUACAGGGAUAGAGGUGACCCCUCCGUCUAGUCCGACUCUGAGCAGGGAGAGCAGCCGCGGCACAACCGACGCAUCUUCAACUAAAAAUGGCCGAACCGAUCCGUGUCGUGGUGACUGGUGCUGCUGGCCAGAUUGCCUACUCCCUGCUGUACAGCAUCGCUAAGGGAGAUGUGUUCGGGAAGGACCAGCCAAUCAUCUUGAUCCUCCUGGACAUUCCCCCCAUGCUGCCGGUGCUGGACGGAGUCGUCAUGGAGCUGCAGGACUGCGCCCUCCCACUGCUGAGGGAGGUCAUCCCCACUGACAAGGUGGAGGUGGGCUUCAAGGACAUCGACGCCGCCAUCUUGGUGGGCUCCAUGCCCAGGAAGGAGGGCAUGGAGAGGAAGGACCUCCUGAAGGCCAACGUGGCCAUCUUUAAGACGCAGGGAUCUGCCCUGGACAAGUACGCCAAGAAGACUGUCAAGGUUUUGGUCGUCGGAAACCCGGCAAACACCAACUGCCUCAUCGCCUCCAAGUCCGCUCCAUCCAUCCCCAAAGAGAACUUCUCCUGCCUGACCCGACUGGACCACAACAGAGCCUGCUCCCAGGUGGCGAUGCGUUGCGGCGUGUCUUCUGACAACGUGAAGAACGUCAUCAUCUGGGGGAACCACUCCUCCACCCAGUACCCCGACGUCCAUCACGCCAAGGUCAACGUCCGCGGCUCUGAGAUGGCCGCCUACGACGCCAUCAAGGACGAGGCCUGGCUCAGAGGAGACUUCAUCUCUACCGUGCAGCAGCGUGGUGCCGCCGUCAUCAAGGCCAGGAAGCUGUCCAGCGCCAUGUCUGCCGCCAAGGCCAUCUGUGACCACAUGAGAGACAUCUGGUUCGGCACCAAGGAGGGUGAGUUUCUCUCCAUGGGUGUGUAUGCUGCUGGAAACUCCUAUGGCAUCCCAGAGGACCUCAUCUACUCCUUCCCUGUCCAGAUCAAGAACAAGACCUGGAAAAUGGUCGAUGGACUCCCCAUCAACGACUUCUCCCGAGCCAAGAUGGACGCCACAGCAGCAGAGCUGGUGGAGGAGCGGGACACUGCCCUGGACUUCCUGUCCCAGUGACUGGCGCCCCCUACUGGCCAACAGCAGCGCUUAGAACCCCUGAAGGCUCGCUGCUCUCGCCUCUGAAGACGAAGCCCUCCACUAAUAUAAACAUCCAAACCGGUGUCAGUGUGUCACCUCUGUGUGUGUGUGUGUGUGUGUGAGUGUGUGAGUGUGUGUGUGCGCAUCGGUGUGUGUGUGAGUGUGUGUCACUAGGCCACUUCUUCAGGCUUUAAAACAGACCUGUUUAAUGUCCACAACCUGGCCUCCUCCGUCUGUACGACACACAGAACUCUGUUGGUAGAUGAACACGCACACGAGCUGUCCUGAAACUGUAACAGAACAUGUUAUCUCCAAUAAAACAAGGAAACUGACCGACCAA